AUGGAUCAACACGACGACUUCGACAGCGUCUCCUGGAAACAUGAUGCAGACAGCGAUGCCUCUCGCCCGACAACCUCCGGAACAGACGCAGAAGCACCACCGACCUUUGAUCAUGACACCAAUGGCAAGCGAAGGAUGAGCUCAGCUCACGAAGAGCCCCAGGCUGGCGCGCUGGCCGACGCCGUGGACCUGGCUGGCAUCGGAGACGGUGUACUCGAGUGCAGAGUUGAUACACCUCUCAAAGAGAAUGAAGGCACAAAAGAUACAUACAUUUCGUACUUGGUUACAACGAGUACCGAUUUCAAGUCAUUCCAGAAAUCCGAAUUUAGCGUACGACGACGAUUUACGGAUUUCUAUUUUCUGUAUAAGACCCUCUACCGCGAAUACCCAGCAUGCGCCGUCCCCCCACUCCCAGACAAGCACAAGAUGGAGUACGUCCGAGGAGACCGGUUCGGUCCGGAAUUCACUACACGACGAGCUUGGUCGUUGCAUCGAUUUCUCAAACGCUUGACCCUGCACCCAGUACUUCGCCGAGCACCUCUUCUCAUCAUCUUCCUGGAAUCGCCGGACUGGAAUGCCCAUGUAAGGCUGCAUGGUAACCGCACCACCGUGAAUGCCACCACGGACAAUGCGAGUACGGGCAUCUUUGAUAAUUUCACCGACAGCUUCGUCAACGCGUUCACUAAGGUUCACAAGCCGGAUCAGCGCUUCAUCGAGGUCAAGGAAAAGGCCGACAAGCUGGACGAAGAUCUUUCGCAUGUGGAAAAGACCGUGGCGCGGGUCGCACGGCGAGAGUCCGACCUGGAGACUGAUUACACAGAGCUAGCGACGCAGUUCCGCAAACUCGUUCCUCUCGAGCCGGCGGUGGAGAUGCCCUUGCAGGUGUUCGCGGCUUCCGUUGAAGAGACCGCUCGUGGGGUGCGUGGAUUAAAGGACCACACCGAUCAGAAUUAUUUGGGUUCGCUGCGCGAUAUGGAUGCCUACAUUCUCUCUGUCAAGGCCCUUCUCAAGACACGCGAACAAAAGCAGCUUGACUUUGAGGCUCUCGUCGAUUACCGUAACAAGGCUGUGGCUGAACGCGACUCACUUGCCAGCAACCCAGCCGCCUACUAUGCAUCCAACCCUCUCACCUCCUCACCAGCCUCCUUCAUUCGAUCGAAAAUGGAAGACAUGCGCGGAGUUGACCACGAACAAUCCCGUCGGGAGCGAGUUCGCAAGCUUGAGCUCCGCAUUGAUGAACUUACCCGCGAAGUAGAGUCGGCAAAGACGACUUCGGAGAUGUUUGACGAAGAAGUCGUGCGUGAAGUGGCAGAUUUCGAGCGCAUAAAGGCCGUGGAAUUCCGCGACUCCCUGGGCAGUUUCGCCGACUCGCAUAUCGAAUUCUACCAAGGCGUCCUUUCAACCUGGGAACGAUUUAUUGCGGAGAUGGAAGGUGAUGCCGAUUUCGACCUGGACGCCGAUCCAGUAUUAGGUGGGCGGUGA